CUUCAAACCCUAUCCUUUCUUUCUCCUCGUUUUCCCUGAGCAAACCCUGCCGACGCCGCCUCUUCUUCUCCGUCGACAACCAUGGGUCGCGUCCGUACCAAAACCGUCAAGAAAUCGUCUCGCCUUGUAAUCGAGCGUUACUACUCGAAAAUGACGCUGGAUUUUCACACCAACAAGAAAAUCUUGGAAGAAGUUGCCAUCAUUCCGUCAAAGCGCCUCCGCAACAAGAUUGCCGGAUUCUCUACUCACUUGAUGAAGCGCAUCCAGAAGGGUCCGGUGAGAGGCAUCUCGCUCAAGCUACAGGAGGAGGAGAGAGAGCGCCGUAUGGACUUUGUUCCCGACGAAUCUGCCAUCAAGACUGACCGUAUUGAGGUUGAUAAGGAGACUAUUGACUUGCUUGCGUCUUUGGGCAUGAGCGAGCUACCUGGGAUUGUGCUUAAGGAGGACACUCCUUUGAUUUCCACAUCGAUACCGGGAGCUUUCGGCGGUGGUCGUGGUGGAUAUGGCGGUGGAGCUGGAAGGAGGUACUGAUGAAUGGUGCUUAUUUUUCCGGUUUUUUAAUGGGUAAUUUGUUGUUUACAGUCUUACAUUAUCUAUGUGUUCUCUGUUAGGGUUUUGGUAAACGCUAUAAUGAUUUGAAUGUUUGAAGAAAUGAGUUGUCUUUUACUUUAAGUUGGAUUGAAUUUAAGCAAUCAAAGUUUCUAUUUUGUGCUAGCC